CGUGAAGGGUGGGAUCACAACAUUAUUUUUUCUAGUUUAAAACCAUGAACUAGAAAACCGGAAACCAAUAGAUGGUAUUGUAAGCUAAGACCUUUCUAUAAAUAUAAACGUCCAAUCGAAUCUGAAAGAUAAUUUCUCAAAGCCUCUACGGCCAGCAACUGAAUUCCAGAAGAAAAAAAAAUGGAAGGGACGACACAGAGGAAGAUAGUAGUGGCAGUGGACGAAGGGGCAGAGAGCAUGAAUGCUCUUUCAUGGAGUCUGGCCAACCUUUUCCCCUCUGGUUCCGAUAAUACACUUAUCCUUCUCUACGUCAAGCCUCCGCCGCCCCCAUACUCAUCCCUCGAUGCCACUGGGUAUAUGAUUUCAGGGAAUAUGAUGGAAGCUGUGGAGAAGUAUGGGUCUGAGCUCGUCGAAUCGGUCAUGGCCAGAGCUCAAGCUGUCUGCAGAAAAUUCACCUCCCAUAUUCUUGUGCAGAGGGUAGUGGGAAGGGGAGAUGCAAAGGAAGUGAUAUGCAACACAGUGGAGAAACUCAGAGCAGAUACAUUGGUAAUGGGCAGUCAUGGCUAUGGCUUCUUCAAGAGGGCUCUGCUGGGGAGUGUGAGCGAGUAUUGUGCCAAGCGAGCCAGGUGCCCUGUGAUCAUCGUGAAGAAUCAUCCUCAGAUGAACUGAUGAGCUGGUUAUCCACAAUGAAUGAAAUCAUCAAACAUCUGUACCCAUCUAGAUAUCGAUAUUCUCGUGAAUGUCUCUGUGUGCAAAUGUAAUGAUCGCUCAUUCUUAAGCUGAAAGCAUCAUAGCGUA